GAUUAGAAGGUUGCAAAAUGCAUAAAUCUAGAAAAAAACCAUUAUUUUGUAUUUUGAAAAUCACUCAAAUAAUUUUCAGUUUUAAUUCCUGCAGCCUCUUUGAUCCCAUCAGCCUGUGCACUCACACGUACUUGGGCCGCCAAAAUUAAGAAUCAAACCCGUGAAUUCUUCGAAAAGAGUCCAGCUGAUCCAGCUCUGACGUUAUGCGUCGAAACCGCGGACAUUUUAUACACUUUUAGGUUUGCCCGAUUUACCUUUUGACAGAUUAUGCAAAAUCAUACAUACACAUUUUCCCAUUCUUAAAAAGUCAAGAGCAGUACGCCAAUCAGAUCGCGGCAAUAAAACAGUGCUGGACGCUGAUUGGUUGCUUCUAGGAUCCCUAGGGAGUAACGACAAGGAGCCAUAAUAAUAACACGACAUAAAUUUUUAAAUAAUUGAAGUAUAAAUCUAAAGCCUUCUUCUAAGAUCAUGAUCAUAUUAAAUAUACAAUUUAACUUUAAUUUAAAAAACAAAUAAAUAAAGAAAGCCUGGACAAACAGAAAACAGCUAAAAGUUUUCUUCUCCUUGUCGCACACACCACUGCAAAAGGGGGCGGGGAUGUUGAAACUUGAAAGCAGCUGAAGACACAGGACUUCACACCUUCGACACCUUCACAGUAUAUGCAAGAAGUAAGAUCCGCGUAUAACGAAAAGCACUUCUUGGGAAAAGCUUUCUUCGAAGGAAACUAGUCGAGAGAUGCAGCCGCCGAAAGUCAGAAAAGGAAAAACACCCAUUCAAAAGCCGUUGUGCAGACUGUGCGAGUGCCCGACGUCGGACGGCCACGUCCUCGCGUCGCAGGUGGACAGGUUCAAGUUGAGGAAAUGGGCCAUGGAGGUCAUGAACCUGACGGAAGAAGACGAAAACUUGCCAGACGUGGUCGAAGAAGACGCUUUGAUCUGCUAUUUUUGCAUCUGGCAGGCAGAGUUUGGGGAUGAGUCUGGAGACGAGGCUGUCGCUUGGUGGCCGAAAAACCUUGAUUUGGAAGAAAACGCUAGAGUGCUGCGGGAGAAUUAUUCAGUCGGAGAAGUAGAACAGUGUUGGGUGCAGUUGGAAGAGGUUAAUCUGGCAAAAUAUGAAAAGAAAAUAUCUAAGAAGAGAAAAUUGGACAUUGACCUGGCAAAAUACGAAAAGGAAAUCCCUAAAAAGAGGAAAUACGUCAGUGGAGUGUGUAUUUACUGCGGCAACAGAUACGGCCGACUGAUGGUGCACGUCAAGCAGAUGCACAAAGAAGCAAUCAAAUGCGGAAUUCUGGGCUGCACGACUUACUUUCACACCGAGGUGGAAAAAGAGCAGCAUAUGCAGCAGGACAUACACGAGAAAGCUAACAAACCACGAAAAUGCAGCAAAAUUUACUGCAAAUAUUGUCAAAUGAGCAAAUUGUAUUCCUCAUUGGUUUCGUGGAAGUGGCACAUGAAAAGCGUCCAUCCGGAACUUCUGGUGGCGUGCACGCGUAAAGGCUGCCAAGAGUAUUUCAAAUCCAAGUCUGAAAUGAUUCUCCACUUCAACUCGUCCCAUAAACAAUGCAUAAAACGAGAUCUUCUGCUAUGCAAGCAUUGCGAGUUUUUCGCCACGGAUAAGUUUAAUUUGCGAAAACACAUUGAGGGGAGGCACAUGCCAAAGAUCUUCAAAUGCGACAGUUGCGACGCCAAAUUCGGCUCAACAAUGUUAGUGAAUAGACACUUCAAACAAUAUCACACAUUCCACAGGUGCAAAUCUUGUGGCCAGGACGUGACUCUCGGAUACAAGGCGUUCCACACAAAGCCAUCGGUUUGCUCCAGAUGCAAACUCAGUUUUGUGUGCUCGGGUUUGUACCAAUCACAUAGGAAGAAAUGCAAACAAACCCUCCUUAGUUGCAAAGAGUGUGGGAAAUCGUUCUCCAUGAACCACUUGUUGAAUCACCACCUAUUAACUGUUCACAGCAAAACUGAGAUUUGUCGCUGCGACCAUUGCGACUAUUCUACAUUUGACAUGAGAUGCAUGCAGAAUCACAUGAAACGCAAACAUCUUCCCAAGACAAUGAAGUGUGAAUUUUGCAACAAAUUGUAUGGCUCGGAACCAAUUCUCAAGCAUCACAUAUCCGAGGUGCACAGAUUCCUUCGCUGCGUCGAAUGUGAUCAGAAGAUACGCCAUCGAUACAUGAUUAAACACCAGACCGUCAGGACUUGCCGCCGCUGCGAGUGCAAGUUCAAGUGCCGAGGACUUCUUGACAGGCAUAUCAAGAGCUGUGUGCAUGAAAAUAAUAAUUAUUUCUAUUGUGACAAGUGCCCGAAAAUGUAUGUAAAAAAGUUAUCUUUGUAUCUCCAUAUUGUCUCGAAGCACAUUGAAAUAUAAAAUGUGCCAAACUGAGAUGAACAGCUGUAUUCUGAAAAAAUUGCUCUUUUUAUCCCUGUCCGCGGACCGGGAAGAGCAGGAAUGCUGAAACCCGUGUCCCAAUAACACCGCGAACGGAUAUUAUGGGCGCACCAGGCCGCAUAGGGACCCAGCCCACUUCAAGGACCACUUGCCUCCGCACCGAGGACUGCAUUGAAACGCUAGACAUUCGUCCCGUGAAGCCAAAUCACGCAUGCUGGAAAGGUGCAAAGCAGCCCGUUGAGCAAUUUGAGCAUUUCGAGUCACUAAACUAACCACUUUUUGCCAUUUCUGACAUUCAGGUAGCCAGUAUUAGAUCUCCCAACUGCUCAAAUACCUCCCAUUGCUUUGACACUCCUGAGAAUGCCUUAACAAUGCAAGCCAACGGGUUCGCAUUUCGAAUUAUCUUAUUAUGACCUUGUAGAAUAGUGUCCCUUUACGGGUAUUUUACUUCACUUUCCGUUUAGGAUGGUGUUUUGUGUAAAUUUCUUUUCCAAUCUAAUACAUUGCAAUAUUUACAAUUUAUUCUAAGUUUAAAGGUUUUUUUAUUAUAUACAUAUUUAAAUAUUAAGGAAUAUACACAAAAAUCAUGAUUAUAAAAGGCUCUUGACAAAAGCAUAUUAAGAUCUGUGUGCUUGUAUAUAAUAAUGAUUUCCAUCGUGACAUGUGUCCUAAAAUUUUUAGGAAAAAGAAAAUUUUGUAUAGUCAUAUUGUCAGGUAUCACUUUGUAAAAUAAAUUUGUGACGGAUUAAAAUGAAAAGCGGAUUAUGAAAUUUUUUCGUUAUAAAUUUAAAAAAUCCACCAGAAAAUUUGUCCCACUUAUAGUUAUUUUAUUUCAGCUUUGAAUGAGUUUUGUGAAAUUCCAAUAGUUUAGUUUUCAAUCUAAAAAUAUAUUUAAUUAAAUUUUCAUUAAAUUAUAAGGUCCUUUGAAUAAAUAUUUUAAAAUUAAAGCUUUAUACAGAAAAGUUGUAAAAUCCAAGUGAUUAAUUUUCCAAAAAAGUCCAAAAAACGUGAUUUGUUACAUUACAAUCUUUUGUUUUCGGGGUCUUGGCGGGGCCCAAUUUUCGUCAGUUAUUUAAGUCGCGCCGUGAGCCAAAGUAUUAACAAAAAUUAUAUGCGGCUCAGAGACCUGUACAUUUGGCCGAAAAAAAUUUAAUAUGUACCCCAGUAAAUUAUUCAGUACUAUUAGUUCAGCCCUGAAGUUAUGCGUCUUAAGCGAGCGCAUAAUAUGUCGUAUUAAAAUUUUUUCCCGAUUUACCUUUUAACAGACGCAUAUAGAGCGUACCCACUUUCCUGACGCGUAACGAAAUACAAAAAUAACACGAUUCUUAAAUCUUGAGUGCGCCAAUCAGAAUGAAGCAAUCAAAGAGUGCUGAACGCUGAUUGGUUGUCUCUGGAAACAUGAAUGUUAAGACAAAGGAGUUAGUAACACAACAAAAAUGUUUAGGCAUAAAAGUAUUAAUCUAAAGCUCUGUAAGUUCAUGAUAUCAUUAAAUUAAUAAUUCAAUUUAAAAGGUAAUAAAAGAUGAAUAAAACAAGGAAAUAAAGACACCGACCAGUUACUAAUUUUCUUCUCUUUGUCGCACACACCACUGAGAACGGGGGCGGAGUUGUUGAAAGCAGCUGACCAGCUGUUAGCUUGUAAACACUCGACUCGACUUGAGAGGACAAUGCAAGCAGCGAGAUCCGCGUGACAAAUUUUGUUUGUUUGCGACCACCAACUCAAGAAGAGCCUGGGCAUUGAAAUUCAACGAACAUAAAUUUUUGCGAGAAUUAUUUUGGAUAGAGAGUCACUAAAGGAGUCAAGAGAUGCAGCCGCCGAGAGUCAAAGAAGGAAAAAUUCUCAUUCAAAAGCCGCUGUGCCGAUUGUGCGAGUGUCCGACGUCGGACGGCCAUGUCCUCGCGUGGCAGGUGGACAGGUUCAAGCUGAGGAAAUGGGCCAUGAAGAUCAUGAACCUGACGGAAGAAGACGAAAACUUGCCGGACGUGGUCGGAGAAGACGCUUUGAUCUGCUAUUUUUGCAUCUGGCAGGCCGAGUUUGGGGAUGAGUCUGGUGACGAGGCUGUUGCUUGGUGGCCGAAAAACCUUGAAUUGGAAGAAAACGCUAAGGUCCUGCGGGAGAAUUAUUCAGUUGGAGAAGUAGAACAGUGUUGGGUGCAGUUGGAAGAGGUUGAUCUGGCAAAAUACACAAAGCAAUCCCCUAAGAAGAGAAAAUUCGUCAGUGGAGUGUGUAUUUACUGCGGCAACAGAUUAAACGAUCUUAGGCAGCACAUCAGACUGAUGCACAAAGAAGCAAUCAAAUGUGGAGUUCGGGGCUGCGCGUCUUACUUUCACACCGAGGAGGAAAAAGAGCAGCACAUGCAGCAGAAUUUGCACGGGGAAUACAACAAAUCACGGGAAAGCCGGGAAAUAUAUUCCGAAGAAUGUAAAAAAGUCACAUUGUUACCCUCGGUGGAAUCGUGGAGUUGGAAAUUGAAUCGCAACCAGCCUGAACUUCCAGUCGCGUGCACGCAUUUCGGCUGCAAUGAGUAUUUCAAAUCCAAGUCUGAGAUGAUUCUCCAUGUCAACUCGUCGCACAAACAAGCCAUAAAUCAAGAUCUUCUGCAGUGCAAGCAUUGCGAGUUUUUCACCACAAAGCAGUAUGAGUUGCGAAAACACGAAGAGGCGAGACACCUGCCAAAAAUUUUCAAAUGCGGCAGUUGCGAUGCCAAAUUCGGCUCGAAACGGAGAGUGAAUUCGCAUUACAAAAGUUAUCACACGUUCGACAAGUGCAAAUCUUGUGUCCAGGACGUGGUUCACGGAUAUAUAUCACAACACAGAAAGCCAUCGGUUUGCUCCUAUUGCAAAAAAAGAUUCAAGUGCUUGGGUUUGUAUCGGACGCAUAGGAAGAGUUGCCGACAAAACGGUCGCAAAUGCAAAGAUUGCGGACAAUUGUUCACUUCGGGCUGGAAGUUAAGAGACCACAUGAGACUCGUUCACUCCAAAAAAUCGAAAGUGGAGAUUUUUUUCUGCAGCCAUUGUGACUUUUGUUCUUUCCGUAAAGAUAGCUUCCGAGUGCACAUACUAAGCAUCCAUCUUCCAAAGACGGUCAAGUGUGCAGAGUGCAACAAUUUGUUUGCCGCGGAAUCUCUUCUCAAGAUUCACAAGUACAAGUCGCACGAAGACGUUCGCUGCUCCGAGUGUAAUGUUGAGUUGUGCCGCGCAUCCAUGUUUAAACACCGCGCCGUCAAGACUUGCCCCCGCUGCAAUUGCAAGUUUAAGUGCUCAGAAUUAUUUGCAAAUCAUUUAGAGAGCUGCCAGAAUUAAGAUUUUUACAUUGACUGCCUGAAAAUGUUUGUUUUCUCGUUCAUCCUCAGAACUUUGCACAAUGAUCAACGGAUUAAUUUGGUUAAAUAAAAUUAACUGCUUCAAAAAAUUCUUUGCGUAUACUUAAUUAUGACAGCCUACCAGAAUUAAUUUCCUUUGUUAUGUAUUUUGCGAUACAUCAAAUAACAGUUUAAAUAAAUGAGGAGAAUCUACGCCAAUAAGGUUGCAGCAAUCGAAGAACGUUGAACGCUGAUUGGUUGCUUCAAGAAAUACAACUACGAGAGAGUAACGGAAAGGAGAUAAUGAUAUCCCAAUUUAAAUUUUUGCUUAAUUGUGUCUGAACAUAA